UCAAAGUCGGUCCUUCGCUUGUAAUCUGGGUUCGUAAACACGCGUCCCGGUUCAGCGCUGAUUAUUUGGAGUAAUUAACUCGACCGGGAUUCUUCUAAGCUGAAGGAAGAUACAGCUUUGUUGCAGCCUGAAGAAAUUGGUAGAAGCUCUUAUAAGCUUCUAGAAAUCACACCAUGAACUCAACACAGGCAAGAAUGGCAAUGUAUGACAAGAGUGACAUGAAGGGGGGGAUGAUGGAUGAUGCUGCGCCCAUCCAUCGCAUCCGUAUUACCCUCACCUCAAGCAACGUGAAGUCCCUUGAGAAAGUGUGUUCCGAGCUCGUCCGUGGAGCAAAGGACAAGCAGCUCAAGGUGAAGGGACCAGUGCGCAUGCCAACCAAGAUCUUGCGUAUCACCACCCGCAAAACCCCCUGUGGUGAGGGUUCCAAGACCUGGGAUCGCUUCCAGAUGAGGAUCCACAAGCGUGUCAUUGAUCUGCAUUCCCCUUCAGAAGUGGUCAAGCAGAUCACAAGCAUCAGCAUCGAACCUGAUGUUGAUGUGGAAGUCACCAUUGCCGAAUAAACCCCAGCAUUUUUGUGCA